CAUAGUUUAUGCAGGAUUCUGGAAUUCGUGGCUGCUGUAACAUCCUUUUUUGCAACCAGUCACACAUUUAAUGGCUCGUGUUGUAAUUGGUUUAGUUGCUUUCCUAGUUACCUUGAACACUUACGAUAUUGGAACAUCCUCAGCAAGCAAACACGAUAUUGUAUACGUAUCCAGAUUCCACAAUGGAUCAUCUUCCAAGAAGUGUGGUAGCAUAGCAUUUCCGUGUAAGAGUCUGCAGCUUGGGUUUGAUGUACUUGCACCUGGGGGUCAUCUCUACGUCAAUGGAGGAGGAACAAAGUUUAACCCCUACAAUUGUCAAUCCUCGCAGCAAAAACUUAUCGUGAAAAAAGCUUUUAAAUUAAUGAGUUACCAAAGCCUAGCCUACAUUUCCUGCAUUGGUGGGAUAAUCAUCCAAUCUAACUCGGGUACAGUGACUUUAAGUGGAAUUUCAUUCAAGAAAACGACGAUUCGUUUAGAUGCUUCAACCGUUGUCAUCAAGGAUUGUAUGUUCAUCGAGGCGGUGACAUCUAUUAGAUUAAAGGUAUCGGAAUGUGUUCCAUUACUGACGCUAAAUGUUAGUAACAGUUUGUUUAAAAGAAAUCAUGGAUGCUUAGAUAUUAAUGUUAAUACUAACUAUAGUAAGGUACACCUCAAAGAUGUAACCUUCAAGGAGAACUACCCAUUAUCAAAAGAUGAAAGUACAGCAUUGAUUCAAAUGUGGGGAAAAGCAAAAAAUUCUAUCAAACAUCAUUUCAUUUUAAUGAAAAAUGUGACAGUAAUGAAAAAUCGAGCACAGGUACAACGUAUGAUGAAUUAUUAUGAAAGCAAUGUUCUCCAUGCUGGAGAGUUUAGUCCAAAAUACAUGAAGAAUUUAACUCAUGCAGAAAGCAGUUUCCUGACAACUAAUGUGACCAAAGUUUUAAUUGAACUAGAGAAUAUACACAGUAAGGACAAUGUCAACAUGAGGUUUAUGAAUCUACUUAGUCCUAAUUGCUCUGUGAAGAUUGAUAACUGCAGCUUUCAAGGACAUAACAUCAGCAAAUCAGGGGGUAUUAUAAAUAUUAUAUCCUCUAAAAAAGGUUUCUUUGCGAAGGUAUGUGUUAACAAUUCAGUGUUCACCAAAAAUAUUGCAGGAAUAACUGGAGGUGUGUUGCAUAUCGACGGCGGAACCAAUAAGCAUGUCGUACUGAUUUUUAUUAAUACUACAAUAGAGUAUUCCUAUGGAAAGAAAACGGGGUGUGCUAUAAGUGUCGGUGAUAUGAAAAAUCGUUAUCCUCUCGUUCCUGUUGGUAGAUUGUACGUUGAAUUCACUGGACUGAUGUUUAAACAUUGCAAUGCCCCCUGUAAAAAACCAAACGAUUGCAAGAAAAUCCGAUUUGGUAAUAUAUGCCUCACCUCUAGUGAAUCUGCACAAGUCUUGGUAAAGAACUCCUUGUUUUCCGAUAACUAUAACAAAUAUGAAUCCACACUAGUCAUCAAGCAUUCCAACACCAGGAAACGUGAAACCAAAACUCAUGUGUGUUUAGAAAACACUAACUUUGUAAGGAACGCCUCGCCUAACAAGGUUUACAUCUUGAAUGUUGAAGGGAGCGCUUCGCAGAAUCAAGAAUCAAGCUUUAAAAUUUUCAAUUCGAUUUUUGCCAAUAACCAAGGACCAGCAAUAAAAGUUAAAAAGAUGCAAAGAUUUGAUGCAGAAAAUCUUACAUGCUUCAGCAACAAAGGUAUGUGUCUCUUUGUUCGAAACAAAGCAAAAGAGAGUCAUUUUUUCAACUCCACUGUGUCAAUACACCGCAGUGUUUUUCAAAACAAUGGUGCAGCGCCACUUUUUAUCCUGCAAAAAAGGCCAAUCAACAGUAAAGUCAUAAUUCGAAAAACAUUGUUUCGUAGAAAUAACAUUAGAAAAAAGGAGGCAAUCAGAAUCACAAUGGGAAAUAGGAAGUUAUGUAGAAAAAGCAGCAACUGCUCAUUGGUAUCUGGCAAUGUAACUAUCGAAGAUGUAGUCUUUAUUGGUAAUGUUAUAUGCCGUGCAAGUGGCAGUGUUUUUGGUAUAGCUGUAUUUCCUCAUAGAGGUCAAUUCAAAGCGGUUAUUCGUAACACUGUUUUCAAAGAUAACUUCCAAAAGAGCAAAGAUGAUGAUCCUGAUGUGUCAGACCUAAUGUACCUGUACAUGCCACAAAGUCCACAAAGUCUGUAUACCAGUCACAACCAAAGCUCAAAGCAGAAGUGUGCAAAUAAAUAUUUUCCACAAUACAUUGAUAAAAACAAUAUUACGCUUGAAAAUGUUCGUUUCACCAACAAUACAGGUUUUUCCAACAUUAUGUACAUUGAUAAUGGAAAGACUGUCAUCAAGCGUAGCUUGUUUGAAAACAACUUUUCCCGCAACCCAAGAACGGGAGUGUUUAUAUUCGUUGAACAUGGAACACCGAGUAUUACUUUUGAAAACUCAGUCUUCAACCAGACUGAAAUUAGGACCUUUGAUCAUGAUGAGAAGCCCAACACCAAUCCUAAAGCUGUAAACAUCAUGCCCUUUGUCUACUUUGCAGGAUUAGGACCUUUCGUUGUGAGAAAUUCAAGUUUUGUGAUGAGCGCAAGCGAAGUGACUACUCCAAUCUUCAUUAUCCAAAAUGCGCGGUAUGUUCAUUUUGACGAAAAAACCACUUUUGCAUGCCCUGUUGGAAGUUAUAUUAAGCUUGACAACUCUUCGCAUUUGAUUCCUCCUCAGUAUACAAAAAAUAAUUGUCCAUUGAACAUAACCAGGCUGAAGUUUACAUGUAGAAGAUGCCCAGACAGCGAAUAUAGUCUAGAAAAAGGUACUUUAUCUGGUACAAAUUUAACGAGAAAAUGGAUUACAUGCUUCAAAUGUCCCUAUGGUGGAGAUUGUAGUUUUAAUAUCAGAAGUAGGAAAAGUUUUUGGGGAUAUAUAAAUAACACUCGAUUUUCACCCCAAUUAAACUUUCUACACUGCCCUGAAAAGUACUGUGAUUCACCGAUAGCUACAGAUCCGGCAAUGUUUAACCACUGUCAUGGCAACCGGACAGGAAUCAUGUGUGGUACGUGCAAAAAAGGUUUUACAGAAAGCAUUUUCAACAACAAAUGUCGUCCUAAUAAUGAGUGUACUGAUAGAUGGUUCUGGGUUAUCGCUGGCCUGUAUUCCAUCGUCAUGGCGUUAUACAUAUUUUAUCAGCCCCCUGUAGUAUUGUAUCUUGUGGAAAAGUUGUUAUGGUUCAGAAAAAAGGAGACUGUGCUGCCAAACAGUCGCGUUGCACAGCAAAGACAAACGCAUGGUCAUGGCGAGCAUGGAUAUUUCAAAAUUAUUUUUUAUUUCUACCAGAUUGCUGAUCUGCUUAUGCUUGAGUCUUGUACAGAAAUCCUGCAUAAAGAUUACUUUAUUGGGAUGCUUGUUUCGUUCUAUAAUUUCCAAGUUCAGCUAUUAAACGAUUCUUUAGGAUGUCCAUUUCCUGGACUGACUGUAGCAACCAAAGAACUUUUUAGCUCCUUGCAAGUGUUUGCAGUGAUGGCUUGGAUCGUCAUUUUCUAUGUUUUAAGUCGUUUGCUGCAUUUACUGACGAAACGACAUGAAAAACCUCCUGUUGCUCCAUACAUCGCUGCCGUUAUUGAAGUUCUGUUACUUGGCUACGAAAGACUUGGUCAUACUUCAUUAGAACUUGUACAUUGUACACCAAUGAAGAUCGACGGCCAUACUGAAUGGCGUUUGUUUCUUGAUGGUAACAUUACUUGCUGGGUGCAUUGGUGGCAGUUCGCCUUGAUAGCAUACAACAUCAUCUUUGUGGUGCCAUUCCUUGUUGUUCUUUUGGUAGGCACAUCCAAGCUACGUCGUCAUGAGAUAAGUCCAAGUGUGUUCAUUUUGGCUUGCUUUGCUCCUUUGCCAUUUAUAGUUUACUGGGCGGUAAAGAAAGCUUUCAAAAGAAAAACUGAGCAAAAUUAUGCUCGUCCAACUUCUGAAACUACAUUUCAUCUACUUGAAGUGCUUCAAGGUCCAUUCCGAUCAUCUGACAGUCGAUCAAAAGGCGCGUUGUACUGGGAGAGUGUGCUGAUUGGUCGACGUCUGGUGUUGUUAUGUCUUCGUUCGUUUAUUGCAAAACCAAUGAUUCGUCUUUUGGGCAUGACAGUGGUAUGCAUCAUCAUCCUUGUACAUGACGUCAUCGUUUUUCCUUAUAAGGAACGCACAGCCAAUAAUUUCUCAAUCAUCUCGCUGUUUAUAUUGGUUACCAUCGGAACAAUUAACCUUUCCAAGGCUUCGUUAAUCGCUGCUGGUAUUCACCCUCAUGGUUUCCUACAGAAACUCGUAGACUGUUUACAAAAAACUGAAGUUGUAUUACUUGGAAUUUUACCAAGUGCUUUGGGGUUGUUGGUGAUUGGUGUGGUAAUUUCUCAGGCAGUACGUGUAGGUCUGGCUAUUCGGUUCAAAAUAAGGGAGUUUCGUCAAAGAAAAUACUCAAGUCUCAGUUUAAAUGAUGAACAAAGACCUUUAUUAGUCAAUUAGAAGUUGAGGUAGUUUCAUCUCAGUUGUCCCUAAUCAUUUGCAAGAAGACUGAAAAUGUCCUUAAGCUUUGUGUCAAGCCAACAUGGAUCCGUCAACACAAUAUGAAACUAGACUAAAAGUAAAGUGUGCAGUUGGCACUAAGUUAGCACCAAAAACUUCACAUCAAAGUUUUUAGCUCUCCUUCUUAUUCAUCCUCUUUAUUAUUUCUAACAGCUGUGUAAAAAGAUCAAUUUCAAUACAAUAAAAAUGUAGGUUAAACAACUA